UCUACUUUACCAACUGAAUGCUGCUCAAGGCUCAAGGUUUCUUCAGCAAAUCAAACCACACUUUUUUAUUGUUGCUAUAGAGUGUACUAAGGUUACCGUCACCCUGGAACACCGUCAACAAGACAACAGGAUGAUCGACCCCCAAGAUACAUUCAAAAAGAAUCCAGAAGAAGAGGAUAAUAAUUUAACUACAAUUUACUAUACCACUGAUCCUUACACCUCGAUCACUUGUUUUGAAAAUAAUUCAACCGUCAUCUAUUCUCAAGUCACUGGUGCCAAUACUGGAGAAACAGAAGGUAAUUCUGGUGGUAUCGCCGUUGUUGCUUCAGCUCCUAUUGGAACAGUUUCUGCUCCAUCCAAUUUUCAAAUUCAAAAUGUCCGGGACACGGACAUUGUCCAUGUUAGAUGGCUCAUAGAAAAUUAUGAAACCGCGGAAGGCAUUUCUUUGCCUCGAUCUACAUUAUAUUCCCACUACCAAACCCAUUGUCAACAACAAGGUAUUGAACCUGUGAAUGCAGCUUCAUUUGGUAAACUUAUUCGCUCUGUUUUUGUCGGAUUACGUACAAGGCGCUUGGGAACUAGAGGAAAUUCAAAGUAUCACUACUAUGGUAUUAGAGUGAAACCCGGAUCUCCAUUGGCGCGCAUAACUGACAAUACUUCUGUGAGUAGUCCUGAAUCUGGUCAGCCAUCUGCCAAACGUAGUAAAACGAGCGGUUCUGAUGCUGGGGUAGAGUCAAUCAAGGAUAACAAUGUUGUGACAACAAAUGACAAUCACCAGGCAACCUUAACUGCAACUUCACCAGAGCUGCUACAGAGCUACCUAGGUGAUCCUAAGUCAAUUUUAGCCAAUGUUUGGCCGGAAGAGCCUAUUCCUUGUAAUGAUGCCGAAACACCAAGUGCUCUAGCAACCAGAUUUGCUGCUGCUUAUAGAAAACAUUAUGAGCAAGUAAUUAAUGCUAUUGGUAAUUUAAAUUUUCACCUUAUUGAAGGAUUAUGGAAAGCAUUUUGGCAAGCUGAAAGUUCAACUAAAAAUGGAAUAAGUGGCAACAGUGAUAAUGAAUGUAAAACUAACAAUGUUAAUAGUAAGGCUGGAACUCCUGGUUUAACAUUGGAACAAUUACACCAAUUAACCUCUAGUCCUGGUAUAGAGGCGGAAAAUGAUCAAGAGCCUCUAGCCUCGCUGAGUGAUUGGAUAUUACAAACAGAUUAUACACUUUACAAUUCCUUAAUAUCUGCAUUAUUACUUCCCAACCUUUUGAAACCCAUUCCCCAACAAUUAACUCAACAGAUUCGUAAUUUUGCCAAAAACAUACACAAUUGGAUGGGAGCAGCGCUUGUUGGAUACGACCAAACAUUUGUUGCUUCUAAAUUAGCUGCAGUUGGAGCUUUUAGCCAUACUUUACGAAGAUACACAUCUUUAAAUCAUUUAUCAUCGGCAGCUCAAGCAGUUCUGCAAAACCAACAACAAAUACAACAAAUGAUAAGCGACUUAAACCGUGUUGAUUUUAAAAACGUCCAAGAGCAGGCUUCAUGGGUGUGCCAAUGUGAUGACUCCAUUGUCGAUCAGAUCGAAAUAAGUUUCAAAUCUCUUCUCCAAGAACAAAAUCCAUUUGACCGUUGGGGCAUGUGGUGUGAACAAGUUUUAGAUACAUGCCUUCGAGAUAACGAUGUGCGCUCAGCGACGCAAUUCUUUUUUAAAUGGGGCUUUUAUAGCUCACUUGUGAUGAGAGAUCUCACUCUUCGUUCUGCCUCUUCUUUUGGUUCAUUCCAUCUCAUUCGAUUGCUUUUCGAUGAAUAUAUCUUUUACUUGAUUGAACAUAGAGUUGCUCAAGCUACUGGAAAGACGCCGCUCCAAGUAUUAGGAGAAGUUAGAAUGACAAUGGCCAAAUCAAAAGAAACUACGAAUCAACACUCGAGUUCAUAACUUUUUUUGCAACCUAUCAAUCAACGUACUUUUUUCCCAAAGAGCACCAAAAUUAUAUAUUCAAACUCAGAUUUUGAUCACACACCUUAGAUCGACCUUGCAUCAUUAUCCUUUGAUGUAAAUUACAUCGACCAAUCAACUCUACACUGUAUACCUUUAACAUGUUAACAAUAAAUUCAUAUAUUCCUUGCCUGAAUUAGAGUUGAUUUGUAA